AAUCAUCUUCGACUUUCUAUUCAUUCGGGGCUUAGUACUCUGGGAUAGCGCAUCCGUGGAACUCAUCUACCUCAUCUGGCGAACGCUCCCUGUGUAUUUCUAGGGAGAUGCCCUCACUGGUGACACCCAGAGCGGCGGACGGGUCUAUGUCCGGCUCAUCGAAAUCAUUCUCCCGCGUCAAUUCCUUCAAGCGAGACUGGGGCAAUGAAGAGGUGGAGAACCCGCCAAAGAGCUCUCUGAAAGGGUCAUCAACGCACAGCAUCGAGUGGAGUGCUAGUCCUGAGCAAAGACAGAAACCCAAGACGGAGACUCGAGCAGCUUCACCUGCGCCUGUCGUCCACCCCAUGAACGAGACCGCCGCAGACAGGCGUCGCAAAGCCAUCUUGGCAGCUUUGCAACCUAAUGCCGAUGGUUUUACCUCCUCCUUCUCCUCUGCAUCCUCCUCUACCGUAGGAUCUCGAGCCGUCCCCUCCUCCUCCUUCUACCCACCUCGCAAAGCCUUGGUCACUCUGGAUGACGAUGAGCCCUCCUCAGGGCAAAGAGCUUCAGCAACGGAAGAGCUGCCAAGCAUACCAAGUAGAUCCGCUGGGGUUUCAUCUGCUGGAGAGUCAAAGAAGAGGGCCUUCCCUUGGAACGAGGACAUAUUGGUCGCGAAGAAGGCCAUGCAGAACAAUAGCUCAACUAGCAAACGGUCAGGAUCGACCGGUUCAUCUGGUCUCGCUGCCGCGCCCACUAUGAAUAUCAAGCAGAAGAUCGUUCUCUCGACGGAGCAGCAACAAGUCCUACAGUUGGUCGUAGCAGAAGGCAAGAACAUGUUCUUCACCGGUAGUGCAGGUGCGUAUCUCUCCCUCGAUGGAGCGCCAGCUGAGACUCUUCAGGAACGGGAAAGUCUGUCCUUCUGCGAGAGAUCAUUACCUCUCUGAGACGCAAAUUUGCAACGGCUACGGAUGCGGUGGCUGUCACAGCAUCGACCGGUAUAGCGGCGUGUAACAUUGGUGGCGUGACUUUACACUCGUUUGCAGGAUGUGG